CUCGAUUAUAUUUUGAUCACGUUAUAAAUGAUGGCGACUGCGGCAAGGAUGUGUGGGCUGUAUUUGUUGUUUCUACUCUCUCUUCUUUUACAACAAACUGAUGCCGAAUAUCAACCUAACUGGGAAUCUCUUGAUAAAAGAAUUAUUCCUUCAUGGUACGACGAGGCGAAGUUUGGUAUAUUUCUUCACUGGGGCGUUUUCUCCGUACCGAGCUAUGGUUCCGAGUGGUUUUGGUGGUACUGGAAAGGAAGUAAAAACCCUUAUUAUGUUGAUUUUAUGAACAAGAAUUAUCCUCCUGACUUUACUUAUGCAGAUUUUGCGCCGAAAUUUACCACGGAAUUUUUCAAUGCUAAAGAAUGGGCAAACUUAUUUGAAGCUGCUGGAGCCAAAUAUGUAGUACUAACAAGCAAACAUCAUGAAGGUUUUACAAAUUGGCCAUCAAAAGUAUCAUGGAAUUGGAAUUCAAUGGAUGUUGGACCUCACAGAGAUCUUGUAGGUGAAUUCGCUGCAGCUGUCAAAAAGACUUCCGUUCAUUUCGGCUUAUACCAUUCAUUAUUAGAAUGGUUUCAUCCACUCUAUUUGAAAGAUAAAGCUUCCAACUUUACAACACAUGACUUUGCUAAGACAAAAGCUAUACCAGAGCUUCAUGAAAUUGUUAAGGAAUACAAACCAGAAGUGAUUUGGUCUGAUGGUGACUGGGAAUGUGAUGAUACUUAUUGGAAUUCAACACAGUUCCUGGCUUGGUUAUACAAUGAAAGUCCUGUGAAAGACACAGUAUGUGUGAAUGACCGAUGGGGUAAAAAUAUUCGAUGCAAACAUGGUAGUUUUCUCAACUGUAAUGACAGAUACAAUCCAGGUGUUCUUCAAAAGAAGAAGUGGGAAAAUGCCAUGACAAUCGACCGAUAUUCCUGGGGUUACAGACGCAACUUAAGGCUUCAAGAUUUACUGACAGUUGAUCAAUUGAUUGAUGAACUUGCUGAAACUGUCAGUUGUGGUGGCAAUUUGCUUGUAAAUGUUGGACCAACUCAUGAUGGCCGUAUUUCACCAAUCUUUGAGGAACGUCUGUUACAAUUUGGACAAUGGUUAAAGCUCAAUGGGGAAGCAAUCUACUCUUCCAAACCUUGGCUUCACCAAAAUGAUACAGUUACUCCAAGAAUAUGGUAUACAUCCAAUAAAGCCAGCAAUGGUACAGCUGUCUAUGCUAUUGUCUUAGACAGACCAAAAGGAAACUUCAUCCAUCUUGGAUCAGUUGACUACUUGCCAUCUAUCAGUGUCUCUUUACUGGGCUAUAGUGGAAAUAUUGAAAUCAAAGAGACGAUAACUGGUAUCAUGUUAAUGAUUCCAAAUAUUCAAAUUAAUGAAAUGCCAAGCAAAAGAGCUUGGGUAUUUAAAUUUAUGGGAGCUAAAGUUUAAAGAAGACUGAAUUACAUUCCUUAAGCUAACCCUGCAUUAUUAUACAAAUAAACAUGUAUGUGUGCCUUACAUAAUGAAUGUAUGUGUGUGUACACUCACACAUGUGUAUAAAUAUACGUGUAUGUAAGGUGGUGAGCUGGCAGAAAUUUUAGCACACCGGACGAAAUGCUUAGCG